AAACAUUAUAUUGACUCAAUGGGUGACCAAAAAAAGCAAUUUAACAUAGUUCAAAUCAACAUGAUAGAUGAUGAUAUUCUAUGCCUUGCGAACCGGUUCUGUAACUAUUCACGGUCCGGUCCGGUCUGGUUGAACUUUUGUUACGUUAUCUUUUAUUCACCGAAACAAGUCAGAGAAGAAGGUUGUGUUUCUUCAAGACAUUGCUCCAUUCUGUCUUCCUUUGAGAGAACAAGUUACCAACGUUGUUCUUCAACAUCUUCAACUGCGUGGUUUUCAGCAUCUUGGAACAAAGUCACAAUGGCUUGCUGUUACUUCAAUCCUAUACCUACUAGCUCUCAUCCCAUUUUGUCAGACUUAUCUAGAAAGUUCAAGAUUCCAAAGCUUCUUCACAGGAACAGGAGGUUUAAUGGCUCGCCUAGAUCUUCAAAAGUUACUGCAUUUUAUGGCUUGAAAACCCCUCCUUAUGAACUUGAUGCAUUAGAACCAUAUAUGAGUAAGAAGACAAUUGACAUGCACUGGGGAGAACAUCAUCGGAAUUUUGUAGAAGGUUUGAACAGACAGCUGGAGAAGGAUGAUAUACUAUAUGGUCACACCUUGGAUGAACUAGUCAAAGUGACUUACAACAAUGGCAAUCCCUUGCCUGAAUUCAACAAUGCAGCUGAGGUUUGGAAUCAUGACUUCUUUUGGGAAUCCAUGCAACCAGGAGGGGGAGAUAUGCCCAUACUAGGUCUUCUUGAACAGAUUGAAAAGGAUUUUGGAUCAUUUACAAAUUUUAAGGAGAAGUUUAUAGAAGCUGCCCUCACAUUAUUUGGUUCUGGCUGGGUUUGGCUAGUCUUGAAGAGAGAAGAAAGACGACUAGCCAUUGUUAAAACUUCAAAUGCCAUUUGCCCUACUGUGUGGGAUGACAUACCAAUCAUCAACUUGGAUUUGUGGGAGCAUGCAUACUAUCUGGAUUACAAGAAUGACAGAGCAAAGUAUGUGAAUGUAUUUAUGGACCACCUUGUGUCUUGGAAUGCUGCAACUGAACGCUUGGCAUGGGGAGAGGCUUUUGUGAACUUAGGAGAACCUAAAAUUCCUGUUGCAUGAAAUAUUGAAAAGGGUAAUGAUUACAGUACCGGAAAUGGACAUAUGGUAUCUUGAAUGGAUGUAGAAAACUCAAAGGCUUCAUGUCAGAGUUUGAUCAUAUGGCCUGAAAGGAUCUGGUGGGUUUCUGUCAUAUUUCACUACAACAUUCAUAGUGCCCCAGGUGCUUCUUUCUGGCUGUAUAUUUUUAUUGUAAUAGUCUAGGACUGAGAACAACUCGUCAUAUGGAAGGAUCUAGUAAAAUUUAGAGCAGGAUGCAAAGGUUUUCAAUGUAUAAUGAGAGAGAAAAACAAGAAUGUUCUUUGACUUUUAGUCCCAUUGUAUGAAAGUAUUAGUGUAAGGAAAUUGCAAGUGUGAAACUAGAAACUAGAAAAGAUGGAUAUAACACGAGACAUUGAUA